AACCUGUUGACAAGUUUUUUUCCUCCUAUUUCAACCCAACUACUACAGUAAGUCAGUACUGUGUCACACCGCAAACAUGAUGGAAGAAGUGUCUAUCUCUGUGGCAUAUAAUGCCCACGUCAUAGACCAGAUGUCUGAGGAGGAAAUCUUGGCCAGUCUCGUAGCAGAAUCUUUACCUAAGCAACCGGUCCCCUCUAAGAAACUAAGGCAGGAAGACCCCCUUGACAGAUACCAGCAGGAGAACCUGCGUCUUCAGGAAACGAGUCUUCGCCUGGAGCAGGAGAAUGAUCAUCUGGCCCACAAACUUGUCACCAGCAAAAUAGCCCUGCGGAAUGCCUUAGACCAGACUGAGGACAAGGUUGACGAGUUGACACAAGAGCUUUUGAGAACCAGGCACGAUCUGGAGGUGACAGCAGAGGAGAAACGGGAGACGGUGGAGGAGACCAACCAGCUGAAGGAGCUUUUCAAAAAAGAGCUGGACAAAGCACGAGCAGACAUUGCCAGGUCACACAACAUCAUAGCAGAUUACAAGCAGAUAUGUUCUCAACUGAAUGAAAGACUUGAGCGGCAGGAAACGGAAAACAAUGAGGAGUUGGCUUUAAUUAAGAGCAAAGUAUUGGAAUGUGAAAGGUGUUGCAAGCACGUCAAUAUGGAUGGUACACUUGAGAAGGAGCCAGAGGACUCCAGUAGUUUGACAAGGCCCUCAUCCUCGUCUAGCAAAGAAAGAGACAUGCUCCAAGUCCAGGUCCAAGAGCUGGAGAGAGAGCUGGCCCAGACGAAGCUGCAAAUGGUAGAAGCCAAGUGCAGGAUACAGGAACUGGAACACCAAAAUGGAUCGCUGAAGAUGGACCUGCAGACAGCCAAGCACAGCUGGUUGAGAAAGACCCUUGGCUCCCUAAAGAUGACAGGCGGUGGCACGGAGCCCCCUGUGCCCAGAGACGAGAUCCUGGCACCGGUACCGAUCAGCAACUCCCGCUCCGGGUGGGUGACCGCCAGGAGGCUCACAUUAGCAGCGCUGAGAGAGAAGAAGAGGGCUCAGCUAUGAGGCCAUCAUGCACCAACAGUGUUGCCAGAUGGAAAAUGCUGAAUUAUCAUUUUUGGGGGCUUUUUGGAAGGAAAUUAUCGUAUAAGCCCAAAUUGUUGCUUCAAGGCAACUAAAUGAACUGAAGGACACCUCUGAAAUUAUCGUACGUCAUGUUUUUUUUGAUCGUACAGAGGUCAAAAUGGACAAAAUUAUGGUUCAAAUACGAUAAUUAUCGUACAUCUGGCAACACUGUGCACCAAAGACAAGAACUUUGUACCGACUCAGCAAAAGGGCUUCACUGCUGCACUUCAGAGGGGUAUGGUCAGUGCACA